AUGUAUGCUGCAGAUGACGGAGCUCAAAUAGAAAAUGAUGAUGAUAGAGAGAUUACACCUGAAUUAUGGCAAGAAGCUUGUUGGACAGUUAUAUCGUCCUAUUUCGAUGAGAAAGGUCUUGUUCGUCAACAACUUGAUUCAUUUGAUGAAUUUAUUCAAAUGUCAGUUCAACGUAUUGUUGAAGAUUCACGACCAAUUGAAUUACAAGCUCAAGCACAAUAUAUUCAAACAGCACGAGAAGCACCACCAAAAUAUACAAUUAAAUUUGAACAGAUUUAUUUAUCAAAACCAAUUCAUCGUGCUGAUGAAGGCACAGUUUAUUUAUGGCCUAAUGAAGCACGAUUAAGAAAUUUAACAUAUGCAGCACCAUUAUAUGUUGAUUUAAAAAAAACAACUCAAAAAGACAAUUCACCACCUGAAGAUAAAAAAUAUGAUAAAGUACAUAUUGGUGAUAUACCAAUUAUGUUACGUUCAGCUUAUUGUCUUCUAUCUGAAAUGACUGAUCGUGAUUUAACUGAACUUAAUGAAUGUCCAUUAGAUCCUGGUGGUUAUUUUAUUAUUAAUGGAAGUGAAAAAGUAUUAAUUGCACAAGAAAAAAUGGCAACAAAUACAGUUUAUGUAUUUUCAAUGAAAGAUUCAAAAUAUGCAUAUAAAUGUGAAGUUCGAUCAGUCUUAGAAAAUUCUAGUCGACCAACAAGUACAUUAUGGGUUAAUUUAAUGGCAAAAGGUGCACAGGGUGGUAAAAAAAGUGCUAUUGGUCAACCGAUUAUUGGUAUAUUACCCUAUAUAAAACGUGAAAUUCCAAUCAUGAUUGUUUUUCGUGCUCUUGGACAUGUUUCUGAUCGUGAUGUGCUCGAACAUAUAAUUUAUGAUUUUGAUGAUAUGGAAAUGAUGGAAAAAGUUAAACCAUCACUUGAUGAAGCAUUUGUUAUUCAAGAUGAUAGAUUAGCACUUGAUUUUAUAGGUGCACGUGGUAGUAAUGCUGGUGUUCCACGUGAAAAACGUAUACGUUAUGCAAGAGAUAUAUUACAAAAAGAAAUGUUACCACAUAUUGGUGUAACACAACAUUGUGAAACGAAAAAAGUUUAUUUUCUUGGUUAUAUGGUUAAUCGUUUAUUAUCAGCUGCAUUAGGUCGUCGUGAAUUAGAUGAUCGAGAUCAUUUAGGAAAUAAACGUUUAGAUUUAGCUGGUCCAUUAUUAUCAUUUUUAUUUCGUGGAUUAUUUAAACGUUUAAUUAAAUAUAUAACAGCUGCUGGACAAAAAGCAACAAAUCGUAAUCGUGAUGUUAGUCAAUGGAUUGUUCGACAUGAUAUUAUAACACAAGGUUUAAAAUAUUCAUUAGCAACAGGAAAUUGGGGUGAUCAAAAGAAAGCACAUCAAGCUCGUGCUGGUGUUAGUCAAGUAUUAAAUCGUUUAACUUAUGCAUCAACAUUAUCACAUUUACGACGAGUUAAUUCACCGAUUGGUAGAGAUGGUAAAUUAGCUAAACCACGUCAAUUACAUAAUACAUUAUGGGGAAUGAUAUGUCCAGCUGAAACACCUGAAGGACAUGCUGUUGGUUUAGUUAAAAAUUUAGCUCUUAUGGCAUAUAUCUCAGUUGGUUCACAACCGCAACCAAUUCUAGAAUUUCUUGAAGAAUGGUCAACAGAAAAUAUGGAGGAAAUAACUCCAUCGAGUAUUCGAAAUGCUGCAAAAAUUUUUGUUAAUGGUUGUUGGAUUGGUAUUCAUCGUGAUCCUGAUCAAUUGAUGAACACACUACGUCGUUUACGUCGUCAAUGUGAUAUUAUUGUUAAUGAAGUAUCGAUGGUACGUGAAAUUCGUGAACGUGAAAUUCGUAUAUAUAGUGAUGCUGGUCGUAUAUGUCGUCCAUUAAUGAUUGUUGAAAAACAAAAAUUAUUAUUAAAACAACGACAUGUCAAUUCACUUAAACAUGAUUAUACAAAUUUUGGAUGGCAAAAUUUAGUUGCUGAAGGUGUUGUAGAAUUUAUUGAUUGUCUUGAAGAAGAAACAAGUAUGAUUGCUAUGGUACCAGAAGAUUUACAAGGUAGAGGAGAAUCAACUUAUUGUUCAACUUAUACACAUUGUGAAAUUCAUCCAUCAAUGAUUCUCGGUGUUUGUGCAAGUAUUGUUCCAUUUCCUGAUCAUAAUCAAUCUCCACGUAAUACAUAUCAAUCUGCUAUGGGUAAACAAGCUAUGGGUGUAUAUAUAACAAAUUUUCAUAUUCGAAUGGAUACACUUUCACAUGUAUUAUUUUAUCCACAAAAACCAUUAGCUGCAACACGUGCAAUGGAAUAUCUUCGUUUUCGAGAGUUACCAGCUGGUAUUAAUGCUAUUGUUGCAAUUGCAUCUUAUACAGGUUAUAAUCAAGAAGAUUCCAUUAUUCUUAAUUGGAGUUCAGUUGAUCGUGGCUUUUUUCGUUCGGUUUUUUGGCGUUCAUAUCGUGAAGCGGAAAAUUCACAAGGUGAUCAACAUAAAGAAACAAUUGAAAAACCACAACGUACAACAUGUGCUGGAAUGCGUAAUGCAAUUUAUGAUAAACUUGAUGACGAUGGAAUUAUUUCACCUGGUAUUCGAGUUAGUGGUGAUGAUGUUUUAAUUGGAAAAACAGUUACUUUACAAGAUACAGAUGAUGAAUUAAAUAGCAAAACGAAAAAAUUCGUUAAAAAAGAUGCUAGUGUAUUUAUGCGUGCAAGUGAAACGGGUAUUGUUGAUCAAGUUCUUUUAUCAAUCAAUGAUGAAGGUUAUAAAUUUGUUAAAAUUCGUGUUCGAACAUUAAAAAUUCCACAAAUUGGUGAUAAAUUUGCUAGUCGACAUGGACAAAAAGGAACAUGUGGUAUUCUUUAUCGAAUGGAGGAUAUGCCAUUUACUGUUGAAGGUAUAACACCUGAUUUAAUUGUUAAUCCUCAUGCUAUUCCAUCACGUAUGACAGUUGGACAUUUAAUUGAAUGUUUACAAAGUAAAGUAGCAGCAAAUAAAGGUGAAAUUGGUGAUGCAACACCAUUUAAUGAUAAUGUUAAUGUUAAACAUAUGUCUGAAAUGUUACAUGAUUAUGGUUAUCAUUCAAGUGGAAAUGAAGUUAUGUAUAAUGGAAUGACAGGAAGAAAACUUAAUUGUCAAAUCUUUUUGGGACCAACUUAUUAUCAACGUCUUAAACAUAUGGUUGAUGAUAAAAUUCAUUCUCGUGCACGUGGUCCAGUACAAAUUCUUAAUCGACAACCAAUGGAAGGUCGAUCACGUGAUGGUGGUCUUCGUUUUGGUGAGAUGGAACGUGAUUGUCAAAUAUCGCAUGGUGCAGCACAAUUUCUUAAAGAACGUCUUUUCGAAGUCUCGGAUCCAUAUCGAGUACAUGUUUGUAAUAUAUGUGGUCUUCUUGCUGUUGCUAAUCUUGCAGAAAAAACUUAUAGUUGUAAAGGAUGUACAAAUACGACUCAAAUAUCUCAAAUACGUCUACCAUAUGCAUGUAAACUUCUAUUUCAAGAACUUAUGGCAAUGAAUAUUGCACCUCGAAUGUUGGUCGAUUAA